AGUUACAAAUAUCUUAAUCCAGUUCUUCCAGAAGAGCUAGGCCAGCAAAAGCGAGGAGGUGUACAAUCCAGCAUCUCCACUAAAAGAUCUUCAAACAUAAACGACAAAUACACACCGAAUCAUCUCACGCCUCUUUUGCCUCAUUAUUCAAACUUCAAUUUCUUCAUUUCUCAUUCUAUAGUUCCUCGAUUUUUCGUAAGCUAUGGCGAUUUUUACGCUCUCUUCAGCUAUCUCUGCAAUUUCAUCUUCGUCUUCAUCGUCUUUUAAGCCUAAUAUUUCUAAUAAUUUUUCAUCGUUUUCGUGUAAUUCGUUGAGAUUUAAUCCUUUGGUUUUGCCUCAGUCUUGCUCUGCUUCUUCACAUCCUUCGUUUUCCCGGAAGCUGUUUAAAGUCCAAGCAAGAAUUUUGCAAGAGAAUGAGGAGAAGGUAGUUGUGGAGGACUCCUUCCAACCAAAGAGUUCUCCUGAAGUUGACGGAAGUGGAAGUGAUAGGGAGCCACCAGAUGGUUCAUCCUCCAGUGGCAUUGAAAGAUGGGUUAUAAAGCUCGAACAAUCUAUCAACAUCUUGCUCACUGAUUCAGUGAUUAAGAUUCUUGACACUUUAUACCAUGACCGUGACUAUGCAAGGUUUUUUGUUCUAGAAACAAUUGCAAGAGUUCCUUAUUUCGCUUUUAUGUCUGUUUUACAUAUGUAUGAGAGUUUUGGUUGGUGGAGAAGGGCUGACUAUCUGAAAGUCCAUUUUGCCGAGAGCUGGAAUGAAAUGCACCAUCUGCUCAUAAUGGAAGAACUGGGAGGAAAUGCUUGGUGGUUUGAUCGCUUUCUUUCGCAACACAUAGCAGUAUUCUAUUAUUUUAUGGCAGCAUUCAUGUACUUGUUGAGUCCAAGAAUGGCGUAUCAUUUCUCUGAAUGUGUGGAACAUCAUGCCUUUGAAACAUACGACAAAUUUAUCAACGCAAAAGGAGAGGAUUUGAAAAAGUUGCCUGCAUCAAAGGUUGCUAUAAAAUACUACACUGAAGGUGACAUGUACUUAUUUGAUGAGUUUCAAACUUCCAGAGCUCCUAACACACGAAGACCAGUGAUAGAUAACUUGUAUGAUGUAUUCGUAAACAUCAGAGAUGAUGAAGCAGAACAUUGUAAGACAAUGAAGGCUUGUCAAACUCCUGGAAACCUCCGUUCUCCUCACUCAGGCUUUGACAAUGCUUUUGAAGAUGAUGCAGGAUGUAUAUUGCCCGAUACAAGUUGUGAAGGUAUCGUAGACUGUAUAAAGAAAUCUGUCACACGUGACACGUCCUCAGUCAAUUGAGAAAGAGAUAUUAGGCAAGUAGGAUGAUAAUAUACCAUAUCAUAGGCAAGUAGGAUGAUAAUAUACCAUAUCAUAGGAACAUAUACAGUAGGAAAAUAGUAAUACAAAAUAGAAUUAAAUCAUCACAAAAUGGUAUUCUUAAACGAAUAUCUAGUUGUAACGAAAAGGAGGCUUGUAAUUUUUAGUUUGUUGUGUACAACAUUGUAACAGUCAUAUGCAUAUCGGAUUCAUAUAUUUAGUUUGCAAAUUACAA